UGUGUUGACUGUGGCCAGACUUAAAUCUAGUUAUUGUCGUUUGGAACGCGCAGCUGUAAACCAGACCUCAUAAGGCUUUUCCUGUUAAUUCGCAGUUCAUUGUGCCUCUUGUUUCAGAGGGUAGAAAAGCUGAUUUAGUAAUCUAAAUGGACGCGAUACUGAAUUACAGGUUGGAAGAUACUGAAGAUUACUACACGUUACUGGGAUGUGAUGAACUGUCUUCGGCUGAACAAAUCUUGGCAGAAUUUAAGGUCAGGGCCCUGGAAUGUCACCCCGACAAGCAUCCUGAAAACUCCAAAGCUGUGGAGACUUUUCAGAAACUGCAGAAGGCAAAGGAGAUUUUGACUAAUGAAGCAAGUCGAGCCCGCUAUGACCACUGGCGAAGGAGCCAGAUAUCGAUGCCAUUCCAGCAGUGGGAAGCUUUGAGUGACUCGGUGAAAACGUCAAUGCACUGGGCUGCCAGAGGUAAAAAAGAUCUGAUGUUGGAAGAAUCUGACCAGACUCAUACCAAUAAAAUUGAAAAUGAGGAAUGGAAUGAACAAAAAGAGAUAAAGAAUGAGGAGUUUGGUCCAACCACAGAGAAAAUGGAGCAAAAAGAAUCCAAAUCCAUGGAGAAGUCAUUCUCCUCACAAAAUCCAGAUUCUCCAGGUUUUUCAGAUGUGAAUUGUUGGCACCUUCGUUUCCGCUGGUCUGGGGAUACUCCUUCAGAACUCCUGAGGAAAUUCAGAAACUAUGAAAUAUGAAAUGUCCCUGCUCCAUAGCGGGGAGAGGGGGAGGAAGAGAGAGAGAGAGAGAGAUCAUUCCCUGCGCUGCCAACAUACAGUCUUUGUUCACAUCUUAAAAAUGUCAUGUUUGUGAAUUGCUGAGUACCAAUUCAUUCCUCCAUCCUUGAUCCUGUUCUCUCAAUAUGUUUUCUAAACAAGAAAAAUUUCAGACUAGUUUCUUUCAAUAUUUGAGUAAAUUACAGCUCUUAGAUCCAGAGUAGAUUGUAUUAUGUGUGUUUUCCUGUUAAUGUUAUUUAUAGAAAUCCAUUAAAAAUCGAUCUCUAUAUUUAAAUAUUUCAUUGAUAUACCAUGAUCUUUAUGAGUGCUAGAUGUACAAGAAAUGUUUUCUGACUCUGGAUUUAAAAUAAAAUGUGAAAUUACUUGUCUAAACUCCAUUGAAUGAAAUAAAUAAUUUUCCCAAACUUCAUAA